ACGUCGUUCGGACGUCAUCGAUAAAUACAAGGUGUUCCGAAAACCUGAAUCAAUAGAAUCUCAUAGUCUAUCUUUUAACUUUGUUAACAUUUUGAACUUAUGUUAGUAUCUUUCUCUGUUAAAAAUAUGAUAUCUCUUUGAUAGUUGAUUUAUUCAUCCCAAUGCCCAAUUGCAAUUUUCGGAACACCGAGUAUAAAAGAAUGUCAAGCGGCUCGAAGGGUAAACACAAGUUGUAUGCGACCAAGCGCGCGACUCUGUCGGACGGUUCAUCAGUCGGCAGGCAUAAGCGGCUGACACGCGCUUUGUAGACCCCCAGUAGGGGUGGGGAAAAAGCAGCCGGACAAGAUCAGUAGUGCGAAUAUCGAUUCAGUCUCGCGCAAACCACCCCCAUGUGUUGCCUGCAGCGCGCUUGUACUCCGCUUUGCUACCAUGCCCGUUGUAAUAAACAGAAACGCACGACGACGCGGAUGAUAUUGUCAAUGCAAAGUGGCCCGACGUCGUCGUUAAAAACACGUUAAGAACAGAGAGAAUCAUUACGCGCGACGACGUGCGCCAAGAAAGAGGAGCAAGCGCGCGCUCUCGUCAUCCCCUCAACGUGUGAUCAUCGUCAUCAUCCCCUUGAAAGCGCGUCGCGCGAAUAGGAAGCGCCGCCGGCGCGCGGCGUUAUUAUUCGCAAGGAAACCUCGUUCUUUGUCUACAUCCGACCAUCACCAUCAAGCCGUCAAAUAUGAUGCGACUUCGUUAUUCGCAAACCGAGCUGUGCUACUCUUGACUACGAAUCACGGGCAUCGAGAAACAAGUGUGGGACGGGACGAGAGCUGACGAGUACUCCAUCGAGGAAUCAUGUCUUCGAUAUCAGCGCAGGGUGUCGUCGAGCGUGCCAGCGCCGAACUGACCAAGCGAAUUAACGGCCUGGGAUUGCGGACGUCGAAGCAUCAUGGAGGCGGAAAGACCAGCGUCAUGGAACGCGUGACAAAUGUCUUUUGCGGUGGAAGCGGCAGUGUCGCUUAUAUGAACUUACAAAGCGCGAAUAAUGCGAAUACGACGCCCGAAAAGCCCAGCCGUAGCAUCGCGCAGAGUAUCAACAAUGUACCGGCGGGCAACAAUAAGGAACGCUUGAAUAAUGUCACCCCGAGUAGAGCCAGGAUAUCCAGGAACAGAAUAAAGAUGACUGUACCGCUAGCCAGCGGAGGAACCGGCGGCUAUGUGCCACCGAUCACGUGGGAGCAGCUGAUGCAGGAUGACAAUUUCCUCGGGCGGUUUUUUCUCUAUUUCAACGCCACAGAAAGAAGGAUUUUGGCUCAAGUUUGCACGAGAUGGAGAGAUAUUCUGUACGCGAGACCGCGUCUUUGGACGGGUCUGGUACCAGUGAUACGAUGUCGCGAAGCUCGCGCUAUGCAGCCGACCUCGCGUACCCGAUUAUAUGCUUCCUUAGUAAGAAGAGGUUUUGACUCCUUAGUCCUCCUAGCUGCGACCGAUGAAGAUAUUCCGGAAUUAACGCGCGGUUUUCCGUUGGCACAACGAUACGUGCAUUCUUUGUCAUUACGAUGCUGCGCGGUAACGGACAGAGGUCUUGAGACUCUUUUGGAUCACUUGCAGGCUUUGUACGAACUUGAAUUAACCGGCUGCAAUGAAAUAACGGAGGCUGGAUUAUGGGCAUGCCUCACCCCUAGAAUAGUAUCAUUGUCUUUGUCGGAUUGCAUCAAUGUGGCCGACGAGGCCGUCGGCGCCGUGGCUCAGCUAUUGCCAAGCCUCUACGAAUUUUCUCUGCAAGCUUAUCAUGUUACUGAUGCUGCGCUUGGUUACUUCAGUGCAAAACAAAGCAGCGCGCUCAGCAUCUUGAAACUGCAAUCCUGCUGGGAGCUCACAAAUCACGGCGUAGUAAAUAUUGUACAUUCUUUACCCAAUCUGACUGUGCUGUCACUUUCUGGAUGCAGUAAAGUGACAGAUGACGGUGUCGAAUUAAUCGCGGAAAACUUGCCAAGACUUCGUUCCUUAGAUCUGAGCUGGUGCUCAAGGAUUACAGAUGCAGCCUUAGAAUAUAUUGCCUGUGAUUUGAAUAAUUUAGAAGAACUCACAUUAGAUAGGUGUGUACACAUCACGGAUAUUGGUGUGGGUUACAUCUCCACGAUGGUCUCGCUGAACGCCUUGUUUUUAAGAUGGUGUUCGCAACUUAGGGAUUUCGGACUUCAACAUUUAUGCGUUAUGAGAUCUCUGCAGGUGUUGUCUGUGGCAGGUUGCCCAUUGCUCACAAGUAGUGGUUUAUCCAGUCUAAUACAGCUUCGACACUUACAUGAGUUAGAACUAACUAAUUGUCCAGGAACAUCGCGAGAACUGUUUGAUUACCUACGUGAACAUCUACCGCGUUGCCUAAUCAUCGAAUAAACGAUGUUUAAUGAGGAAUGUAAUAUCCGCGACAAAAUAAGAUUCUUUAUAUGCGAAUAAAUGUAUGUGUCAAACGAAAAGUGUUAAGCUGCGAAGAGUAGAUUUUAAUUGCGGAAUUUCGCAGAAAGCAAUAUUUCGAACGAAAAAUAAAGAUGGUAUAAUUGAAGGGAGCAGUAUAGACAGAUAAGAAGCAAUUGACGUCCAAAUAAUAUGAAAGAACAAUAUGUUUUUUCCUCGUAAUGGUCUAAGAAAAAAAAACACUAGCCCUCAAAAUGUGCAAAAUAUUAAUGCAUAGACAUUUUUAAUACACUAACGUCCCACUUUGCACUUUGGUUCAUAUUUUUUCAUCCGGCCAUGUAAUCAUACAUUACGGGCAUGUACGAUUGCAAUCUGUGUCUAACAACGGUUAGACGAAGUAGAAAAGAAACUCUUAUGCCUACGCAUUGUAAUGAUCUUGUACAGAAGCGAAUUCUUUCGAUAUUGUAUAUUAGAAGAGAUUGAUAACGCAUCAGAAAGAAGAGAUCAGCGAAUCCUUCUUUUUUUGCCUCCUAGUAAUGUAGAGGAAGCUCGAGUAAACGUACGACAAGAGACUCAACAGUUAGGACUGUGAUAAAUUUAUAUUGUACGUAAUUCUAAUUGGUUCGCAUACAUCUAAACAGUUAAGUCAACUGAGGUGCACGCAAAAGUGGCGAAGCAAUUGAAUAAUUAUUCAAAUAUGUAUCGAUUAUAUUUGUUACUCGAUUGUUGCCUCCGCCGAACGCGCCUAUUUACAAAUGCGCAUUGUCCCAUUUUUUGCGAUUAUAGCUGCAACACAUUACACAUGUUGCUUGAAAGAAAGUACAUAGCAGAUACUGAUUACACAGAAGUAACAUUCCAAGCCAUUUUACCCUCAGCAAUCUAUUCAUGAAUACAUGAUUCGUGUUAUUCGUUUGAUGAUACGUGUUGUAGACGGAGAAUCGAGGUUCACUAUUAUUGCACCUACGAUACAUCGUCAUUCAUACGUUACCUUUAUAUAUAUAUAAAUAUAUAUACAAAUAUAUCUCUGUGCAAUUAGUGUUUUUUAAAUUUAAGAUUUUUUCGCUAGAUAUGUUCUUUGUGGUUUUUGACUAAGUAUACAUAUAUGAAUGUAACAUAAUUAGGCAAGAUGUUUUGCAUGUGUUUUAAGUGGAUAAUUUUAAUAAUUUAUUACGUCGAUAUAAGUAAUUAUAUGCCCUUUAUUAACAUUGCAUUAAAUAAGUAGGCUCUAUUAAUGUAUCAUAAUUUAUGAUUAAGCUAUAAGCUAUAUUUAUUAAUUUAAUCAAGUGCUGCAUGUUUGAGUUGUAUAUUAGAACAACAGCAAUAACAUACCAAAGAAUACAUUUUAAUUUGUCUAAAAUGCAACUCUUCAAAAUAUGCAGUGCAGUAUAUAUUGUGCAAUCAGUAUUUUCUAAAUUUAAGAGUUUUCAUUAGUUGUAUCCUGUGUUGUUAUCAAUUAAGUAUAUAUUACAAUGUAAUUAGGUAAGCUAUUUUGCUAAUAAAAAAUCUUAAAUUUAGAAAAUAUUUAUUGCACAAUAUAUAUCACACUGCAUAGUACUUUCCAUUAACAUAAAAUCCAUCUUUAAGAUCAGUUUUGUCAAAAUAUUGUGUAUUUCUCAGUGAUAUAGAGUAUAAUAGUUCUAGCAUUCAAUUCUAAGAUUUAUUCUAUUAAAUUGAGUUCUGAUAUAGUAAAUGAAGUAGAUAAUCUCUCAAAGCAAUCUGAUAAUUGUGUGCAAAUAUGAUUUCUACGUGUUGUAACAUGUUUAGCACAUAUAAUGCCUUUGUACAUAUUGUACAAAUUAUACUUGAUAAUUCUGUUAUCAAUCAAAACUGAGUAUAGAUAUAUAUACACAGGUGAAAUUAUAUUGAAAAACUAAGUCAUAUUAUGAAAUACCAUUCACAGAGAUGCAACAUUAAUUGACGAUACAGAAUAAUACGAUGGAAUGUGCUAUAAAAUAAAAAUUUAUUGACCAGA